UGAUCUGGUAAAGUGGGUGGGAGCAAAAGGCAAUCCAUACUGGUUUUUUGAAGAUGUCUGACACUGCCGAGUCCCCAACGGAACCACAAAAAGAAGAGCCACAACAACCGACAGAUUCUUCCGCAACUAAUGAAGACAAGAAAAAAAUUGAUGUGCUGUUGAAGGCGGUGGGAGACACUCCUAUAAUGAAAACAAGGAAGUGGGCGAUUGACAGGGGCAGGACGGUGCAGUCCCUAGCACAGUUCAUAUCUCGCUUUCUCAAGUUUGAUGCUAACGAACAACUGUUCAUCUAUGUUAAUCAGUCUUUUUCUCCUUCACCCGAUCAAGAAGUAGGAGUCCUCUUUGAUUGUUUCGGCAGCGAUGGCAAACUAGUUCUGCAUUACUGUAAAUCUCAAGCCUGGGGUUAAUUACCUGAUUGGAUUGAUGUCCUAUUUCAUUUAUCCCUUAAACUUAAUUUUUUUUUCCCCCCUUCCUUUUUGUAUUUGCUUCCUUUGAGUUUUUAUGUGCACGCACUGUAAAUACAUUAUUGUAAUUUUUUUUUGCUGUACCGGUAAUUUAAUUUCUGCUUAAUUUCUUUGGACAAAUAUCUUUUAAAAUAAAAAUGAACUGGGUUCAAGC